GGCCCCCAUGCGGCCCGCCGCCUCUGGAGCCCCGCUGAGCUGGCCUCCGAGACCGCGCGAGGGAGACAAGAUGUGUCUGCGCCUUGCAGAAUGAGCCCCACCCACGGCCCUGACACUGCUGUCCCCUGCAGGUGGCCUGAGUGUGGGUGACUUCCGGAAGGUGCUGAUGAAGACGGGGCUGGUGCUGGUGGUGCUGGGACACGUGAGCUUCAUCGCAGCCGCCUUACUCCAUGGCACUGUGCUGCGCUACGUGGUGGCCCCCCACGACGCUGUGGCUCUGCAGUACUGCGUGGUCAACAUCCUCUCUGUCACAUCUGCCAUCGUGGUCAUCACCUCGGGCAUUGCAGCCAUCGUGCUGUCACGCUACCUCCCCAGCAUCCCCCUGCGCUGGGCAGUGUUUAGCUCGAGCGUGGCCUGUACCCUUCUCUCUCUGACCUGUGCUCUUGGCCUCUUGGCCUCGAUCGCCGUGACCUUUGCCACCCAGGGCCAGGCACUGCUGGCUGCCUGCACUUUUGAGAGCCCUGAACUACUGGCACUGGCGCCUGACUGUCCCUUCGACCCCACACGCAUUUAUAGCUCCAGCCUGUGCCUCUGGGGCAUCUCACUGCUGUUCUGCGUGGCAGAGAGUGUGUUUGCCGUGCGAUGCGCCCAGCUGGCCCGCCAGCUGCUGGAGCUGAGGCCCUGGUGGGGGAAAAACAGCCACCACACGAUGCAGGAGACCCUACAGUCUGCGGAGGACCAUGACCUCAUGAGUUGCUCCAGCUCUGGGCCACUGACCCUCUGACAGCUGAUGCCUCACCAAACCUCGUGGCCACUGGGGCCCUGCAACCAAGUCCGCACCGUGA